AUGCUGCUCAUAGCGCCUGGCCGACAAGAGUUUCACACGAAAGAGACCGAGGUCCGCCGUGGCAGAGUCCGCCUUGCUCACAAGCAAGGACAGGAACCAGAGCUCCUGAACGAGCAUUCCAAGUUGUCCGGCGGGAAUGUGCAGAUGGUAACUGACGUCAUCCAGGGCGUUGGGGAGGAUUUCGAGAAGUCGAUUGAAAAUCAGAAGUCAGAGAUUGCCAACUGCGAGUCCGUCCGCGCGGAAAGGGAAGCCACGGUCAAGGAGGCCAAGGAGGAGCUCGAGGCGAAGAAGUCGUCGACCCAGGAGAAGAAGUAUGCGCUGGCUGCCGAUGCGCAGGCCGAUCCCUGGUUCUCGUAA